AUGGAGGAUAGCAAAAAGAAUCAUACUUUGAGGUCUAGAGCUAGGGUUAGGUUUUCUUCAAAUUUCAGUUCCGGGAAGGUCUUUGUAGGUCGCGAAGCUCGCUUCCCUGUUCUCUCUGUUGGUAAUGGUAUUGAGUGUAAAAAACAACGAGGGUCUCCGAAACAGAGGCGAAAUCGGGUAUUAGCUGUUUCAAAGAUUGAAAAUUUUAGCUCUAAUGGUCGAUUGUCAAGUAAUGAGAGAAACCCUCAAGGGCAGUUUAGUGGGGGCCUUCUAUCCUCGAGUGAAGUGCAUUCCUCGCAUAAUUUUGAAGAGUUUGAGAGUAAUAAACAUCUCCGUCGGUUGGUUAGAAAUGGAGAAUUGGAGGAAGGGUUUAAGUAUCUCGAAAACAUGGUUUAUCGCGGUGACAUUCCCGAUAUCAUUCCAUGUACUAGUUUAAUUCGGGGGUUUUGUCGGAUUGGUAAGACUAAGAAGGCAACUAGGGUUAUGGAGAUUCUUGAGGAAUCCGGGGCUGUUCCUGAUGUUAUAACUUACAAUGUGUUGAUUAGUGGGUAUUGUAAGUCGGGGGAGAUAGAUAAUGCUUUAAAGGUAUUGGACCGGAUGAGUGUUGCUCCGGAUGUUGUCACAUAUAAUACGAUCUUGCGAACAUUGUGUGAUGGUGGGAAAUUGAAGCAAGCAAUGAAAGUUCUCGNUGUAAGUCGGGGGAGAUAG